AUGCCUACCCGAUUCUCGAAGACGAGGAAACACCGGGGACAUGUGUCCGCCGGUAAGGGACGAAAAUACCAUUAUGGUUACUUUGGUAAGGUUGGUAUGAGGUACUACCACAAGCAACUCAACCACUUCUGGCGCCCUACGAUAAACAUCGACAAGCUCUGGGCCCUCAUCCCCACCGAGACCCGCGAGGCUUACCUCAAGGGCGAGAAGAAGGACACCGCCCCCGUCUUCGACCUCCUCCCCUCGGCUACUCCAAGGUCCUUGGCAAGGGCCCUUGCGGAGAAGAAGAUCACCGAGGCCGGCGGUGUCGUCGAGUUGGUUGCGUAA